AUGAAGGGAACUUUAUUAUUUCUGGUAAUUGUGUGUAUGUGGAGUAGUGUAUAUGCAAGAUGUUCAACUCGAGGUGACUGCGCUGUUAUCGGUGGACGCUUGAAACCAUGUCCAGUAGAUGAAGAACCUAAACCAAUUUUUGACAAUCUUUCACCCCAAGAGAGACAUGAAUUGCGAGAGCAAAUUGAGCGAAGAUGUCCUCAUCUUUUAUACGAUGAAAAUGGUAACAGACUCCCAGACAAUCAAGUGAUGACUUGUUGUGACCCAGUCCAAGUAUUCAGAUUUUCUGAAAGCUUAAACAUGGGUGAGGGUGUGCUCGCCCGCUGUCCGGUUUGCUGGAGGAACUUCGUACGGCAAAUUUGUGAAAUGAAUUGCUCACCAGAUCAGGCUAGAUUUGUGAAUGUUACUACAAAUGUUUCUCCGGACAAUAUUACUUAUGUUGAAGAAAUAAACUAUAGACUUCAUCAUGACUUUAUGAUCAAUAGCCACAAAUCUUGCUCUGAAGUCAUGGUGCCUCAAUCAGGUAUGCCCGCGAUAAAUUUAAUGUGUGGAAAUGCACCUGUUUGUGAUGCAGAUGCCUGGUUCGGCUAUACAGGUGACGCAACAAAUAAUCCGUUUGUGGACGUGCAAGUUAAUUUUAUAAUUACUCAUACUCUAGAAGACUCUAUGAACAUAUAUGCUCCCUUAUGUAAUGAAACUAUUGGAGAUGAUAUACCAUGCAGUUGUUUAGACUGUACUGCUAACUGUCCAACAAGUGAGAUCGAGGUUCCGUCUAUGUGCACUGUACUUUCAGUGAAUUGUAUUAGUUUUUCAGUGGGUAUAACGUUCUUUGUAAUCAGUGUCAUUGUGUUUAUUAUUUUGGCUUUAUUAGAAGUUAGACGACAAAGACAAUCAUCGGGAGAUACAAAAAACAAUGAAGAAAAAGACAACACUAACAAAUUAACAAAAUUUUUUCAAAAUGUAUUCGAAAAAAUUGGCGAAUUUAGCGCUUCUAAUCCAAUUAUUAUGAUUAUGCUUACGACUUGGGUUGUAUUUGCAAUGACAUUUGGUAUUAUCAAUAUAAAGUUAACGGCAAACCCAUUAGAGUUAUGGUCGGAUCCUGAUUCAGUUUCUCGACAUGAACUUAAUUAUUUUAAUUCAAGAUUUGGACCAUUUUAUCGAGCUGCUCAAGUUUAUUUAACAAUGAAAGGUUUGGAACCAUUUCAAGUGGGCAACGUUACAUAUGGCCCUGCCUUUAGAGUCGAAGCUAUACAAGAAUUAAUAAAAUUAGAGGAUGCAAUUUUGAAUAUUGGGCGUGACGACGGGACCGUGAAAUUAGAAAAUGUAUGCUAUGCACCUCUUCGUCAACCCGGGGCUGAACAAAAAUUAGAAGAUUGCGUUUCUAUGUCCGUAUCAGCUUACAUACCUAACAGGAUAAUUAAUAACAAUACAUAUUUGAAUAACGUACAGAAUUGUUUAAAUAAUUAUCUGUCACCAAGUUGCUUACAACCUUGGGGUGGUGGCGCUGACCCAGAACUUAGUUUUGGAGGAUUCGAAGAUGACAACUUUUUAGCUGCUGAUUCUCUCAUUAUUAACUAUCCAAUUACUAAUCAUUUACUUGAAGCCGACUUAGAACCUGUUUUAGAUUGGGAAUUAAAAUUUUUGAAAUUAAUGGAGGAUUAUGAGCGCAAUUGGAAAGCGGAUUUUGUUGAUGUUGCAUACGGUGCUGAAAGGUCUAUUGAAGAUGAAAUUCAGAGGGUAUCGGAAGCGGAAAUAGUGCCUAUUGCUAUAAGUUAUUUACUUAUGUUUAUUUACGUUAUUUUUGCCCUUGGUCACAUAAGGCGAUGUUCAACCUUUCUACUCGAUAGUAAAAUUUCGGUAGCUAUAGGCAGUAUUUUAGUUGUUCUAGCCGCAUUGUAUUGUGCGAUGGGUAUAUUAGGCUUCGUGCAAGUUACAAUUAGUCUGCUGGCUAUUAAUGUAAUACCAUUUUUUGUUCUAUCGAUAGGAAUAGAUAAUGUCUUUUUAAUGGUCAAUUCUAUACAUCGCAUACAAUCUAAUCUUGAUAAGUACAGUGAUUAUAAGGAAGGAAUGAGUUUUGAUAAAAAACGACGGUUUAUAUUCGGUAAGAUGAUGCAAAGUGAAGGACCAUCCAUGUUUGUGUCUUCCAUAACACAGGUGACAUGUUUUGCUGUAGGUACUAUUGCCAAUUUUCCAGCUGUUAGAGUGUUUGCUUUAUUUGCAACUAUAUCUUUAGCAUUUUUGUUUGUGUUCCAAAUAACCACUGUUGUUGCUAUUUUAUCGCUCGAUUUCAAGCGAUGUGCUCAAAACAGGUUUGAUCUUUUUUGCUGUGUUCAGAAGAAAGUACUAAAUGAUGAGGAACCACUCCAUUCAGAGAUCGCUCAUGAAGGUGUCACUCAAAAGCUAAUGGAGCCCUAUGCAAAGUUUUUAUUAAAUUGGCGUGUUAAAAUAAUUGUUGCUAUAGUUUUCCUAGCAUUUAUGUCAAUAUGUACUAUUUUGAUUCCAAGUAUUGAGGUGGGAUUAGAUCAAAACCUUGCAGUUCCACCAGACUCUUAUGUAUACAAAUAUCUGGAUGCCGUUAACGAUAUCUUGCGUUUAGGACCUCCAGUAUUUUUCGUUUUAAAAAGUGGCUUGAAUUUUACAAAUCCAGAGCAUCAGAAUGUAGUUUGCGGAGGUCAGUUAUGUAACGAUGAUUCUUUAACAAUGCAAAUAUUUUUAGCCGUACAACAAAAAGAAAUAACAUAUUUAGGUAGAAUUUCAAAUUCUUGGAUAGAUGACUUUUUUGAUUGGUCUUCCUUACCAGGCACUUGUUGUAAAUAUAAUACGACCGAUGGUGGUUUUUGUUCAAGCAUGUCCAGUGAGCCCGAAUGUCAGUUUUGUACAAUUCCCCAAGGUGAAUUUGCCAACGGUUUAAGACCAGGUACGGAAGCGUUCCAGUACUAUAUACCGUUCUUCUUGCAAGACACACCAACAGAAACAUGUAAUAAGGGUGGGUUAGCUAGUUAUUAUUCAAAUGUAAAUUAUGUUCUUGAUUCAGAAGGCCGCGCGACUGUUCACGAUUCUAACUUUAUGGCCUAUCACACCAAUUUAAAAACGUCGUAUGAUUAUAUAACUGCAGUUAAAUAUGGUUACGAAGUCAGCAAAAAUAUAACGGCUGCUAUACACCGUCAUACAGGUUUAGACGUAGAAGUGUUUCCAUAUUCCGUAUUUUAUGUGUAUUAUGCACAAUAUCUGACUGCAUGGGGGGAUACAUUUUCAUCUCUUGCUUAUUGUGUGCUAGGAGCUUUAUUAAUCAAUAUAGUGGUAACUGGGUUCAACUUUACUAUCACAUUGGCUACAAUAUUCACGGUUAUAAUGGUCGUUAUAGAUAUGAUGGGCAUAAUGUACAUGUGGAAUAUACAGAUGAACGCUGUUUCGUGUAUCAAUUUGAUCGUUUCGAUUGGUAUAACAGUUGAGUUUUGCAGUCAUCUCGCCUAUGCCUAUGCCACCAGCAGCCGUCCUCCAGAUGAAAGGGUUGCAGAUGCAAUCAAAAAAGUAGGGGCAACCAUUAUUACGGGAAUCACUUUUACUAAUAUUCCCAUUAUUGUUUUAGCUUUCUCAUACACAGAAAUUAUAGAAAUAUUCUUCUUUAGAAUGUUAUUCAGUUUGGUUAUUUUAGGUUGCCUUCACGGAAUGGUAUUUUUCCCUGUGUUGUUAAGCUACUUAAAUAACUUUAAAUACAAGAUUUAAUC